GAUUAUAUGCAACCCCAACGCCAUGCCGACGACGCUCAAGGCAGUCGCUGUGUCUUUGUUCUCCAUGUCUAUUCAUAUACAGGCCCCCUAACGCAGCUGCACACCUAGCUCUUCGUCCGACCGCACGUAUUGAAACAUGGAGACCAUCAGCAGGCUUCCGCGGCGCCUCACCCAGCUUUACUCCGACACCAAGACGUCCUGCGACGCCGUGGUCGAGCAGGACACGCGCGACACGCAACCCGAAUCCUCUGCUCUACACCGCAAAUUCAGGAUCCAGAAGGACCGGUACAUAGCAUGGGGCGUCGACUGGAGCGACAACUCCAAGGGCAAGCAUGGCGACAUCGACGAGAGCGUGGAGCAGGCCGGUCUGACGGAGACGGUCGCGAGCGUUCUUGGCACCAUCAAGGAGAUUCUGGAUGAGGCCGAGAUAAUGCACCCGGCUGUAGUGCCUGCGCCUGGAAAGACUUUGUCAGAAGAGAAGAGGCGGCUGGCUGCGUCUGACCCACCCUCGUGGGCGGCCGGCGACAGGUCACGUUACGAGGACCUCAUCCAGGACCUCACCACUUCCAUCGAUAUCCUCUACGACCUUUCCAGAACACGCCGGAUGCAACGCGCAAACGAACGUGGCCAUAUCUCAAGCAAGUCUGUUCCGGAACCUCCGCGACCUUCCACCUCGACUCCAGUGUUCCUCUCAACAGCCUACAGCGCCUCUGACCUCACCCUCGUCAACCCUGCGACUUUCCCGCUGAACCCACAUGUGCCAAACGUCGCCUCCCACCCACAUCUUCCGCCCAAGCUGAAUCCAGCAGAUCUGAUCCUACCAGAAGAAGAGCCACCACCGUACGAAAGUGUGGGCUCGUCUUCCAUCCGCGUGAUUGGCCAACUUCGCUUGCGCCGUACUUCGACGAAUCCUUGGAAGACCGAUGGGAAUCGUGUGGUCGAUACGCCUGUUCUGGUCGAAUACGCCACAUAUGACCCGACUUACCGCUUCAACAAAGUCCUUCCGCCUACAAACCGUUUGGACAAUCUUCUGGCGAUACUGACAAAGCUAUCAAACGACCAGCCCUUUCAGGGAACGCUCAAGUGUCUGGGCUACUUUGAAGAUCCGAGAGAGCCCCGGUUCGGCAUUGUGUUUGAACUCCCAUCGUCUACCUACUCUGAGGCCGACGUGCACAAGUCGGCAGAGGAGCUGCGACCUGUCACACUACUCAGCGUAUUACAGACAGGUUCCAAAUCAUUGCACAGCUCUAACAGCGCCACACCACCCUUGGAAGAUCGCUUCCGCCUUGCUUUCACGCUUGGUCUCACGUUCAGCAAGAUACACGGGGAUAACUUCGUGCACAAAGACCUCAACAGUAGCAACAUCCUCGUGUUCCGAAAGAACAAGCGACAAUCCGCCAACAGCCGAGCAUUGCAGUACGCACUGCGAGCACCCGUGGUCUGUUCAUUCGAUCUCUUCUCCGAACACGACAUUGAGGUUCGCAGCACGAUGCCAACCCUCAAUAUAUAUCGUCAUCCGGAGGACCCUAAGUGCACUGGGGACAAAGCUAGGCCAUACGGUCCCCAAUUUGAUCUGUACAGUCUUGGCCUGAUCCUCCUGGAGGUUGGUCUGUGGCAACCCCUCGCAGACUUGUGGAAACCCAAGUACACUUUGUCUGACUUCAAACAACGCGUGGAAGAGGUGUAUAUUCGUCGCCUAGCCUCUAAGUGUGGGACUGCGUACAUGCACGUUGUGCGUGACUGUUUUUGGGCAGCCGAUCGAAUCCAAUCGGGUGCUGAGGGGGUGCAAGAUCUUGCGCAGCUCUACAACCGAAUACUGAUCAGGCUUCAACGAUGCUGCAUGCUCGAUGAGUCAGAAACAGGUCCCGAAGCAACUGAACAUCGUCCCGGUCCUACGCCUGUCACAAGCGCAGCUCCGCUAAAGCGAAAAAGCGUGAGUCAGCCUCAUAUUGCAGAUCUUUCUUCCAGUCCUUCGUACAGGAGCGCAAAAAGAUGGGCGCUAGAAAAGGGUUCUCAGGCGCUCGAAAGGACGAAAUCCUUGUCAAAGAAGUCGCCAGAUCCGUCAACGUUGUCACGCCAUCCGUCGCGAGGCUCACAAAACUAUAUCCGGAAGUCAAUAUCGGAAAGCCUACGAUUGAUGAGUCCCAAGGAGGAGCAUUCAGCACCAAUAGAUUGGGCGCAUGCGCGUGAACCACUCGAAGACUCGGGAGGCACUCUUAUCGCGGCUCCCUCAAAUUCACAAGACCAAAGUGAUACGUCGUCAAUUUACAGAGAAAAGGUAGUCACGGCGGCAUCUGUGAUCCAACGCGCAUGGCGGGCGUCGAGAGCAGAGUCAUCAAGAGAAGAUUCAUGUCACGCUUUGACAUUGAAGGAUUACAAACAAAAGAUUACAGUCAUUCAGAAAGCUUGGCGACAAAGCAAGCAAAAGCGAACCAACACCAUCGAAGCUCUCUUUACCGAUGGCAUCCGCCACUGGCCGCAAGCUGUGCUUGGUUAUCCAACCCCAGAACCUGAGGUCCAUCCCGUUGAAACCGUCGAGCAGACCAACAGAAGCAUAACGUCGUCGAUUCAAAUACAGACCGAUAUGGAUCAAGCUCCACGUCCAAAGCUUCGCCUGUUCCCUGUUAAGUUUGCGCCUGCUAUCGUUGAUGAGUGGCACGCAACUAUGCUCCCUCGCCUCGAGCGCCUCAUCGAACGCGCUCUCAAAGACUCGGACGAGACGAUCAGUAUCGACCUUGUCGCUGUCGGCGAAACCCAGGAAAAGGCUCGCCCUACCAUCUUCGUUACAUGUAGCAGCGUCGCCAAGAUCAAGGCCAUCCUCAAUCGCCGCUUCCGCUAUGAUGAAAACGUGUUCGACCUCAAGGUGCGUCGUGGAAAGAUUCGACGUUCCAAAGCCAGCCGAUCUUCCCGCCAGACACGACCUCCUCACCGUUCAAUGAUGAAUACCGAUACUUACAGCGGUGAUAUGGCCGUCAUGAACCCUUGGCAUCAACAGCGACCGCUGUGUGGCGCAUCUAUCGGCGCGUUUUGCCGGGAGAAACAUCUACCCCCAGUCUCGUAUGGUGGUGUCAUCCUUGUCGACGAUGAGCCACUGGGUAUGAGCGUGCAUCAUAUGCUGGACGCACCUUCGGAUGAUGAGAGCGAGAGCGAUGAUGAAAUUGCCAGCUCUCAUGCGAACAAUGUGAUGCUUUCAAGUGCCACUGGUAGGAACGAUUCAUAUCUCAUGAGCAUGGGUGUUCAGCCUGGUGUCGAUCUCGAUUCGGACUCUCCCUGGUCGAUGGAUCUGGAACUUUCCGACGACGAAGACACUUCCGAGGCAGAGUUCUACUCGGACGAUGACUCGGAUUCCGAAGCCAUGGCUGACUCAACGACCUCUCAAGACACACGAGGCGACCUUCCUGGUAUUGGGCUGGAAGAGGGCGAAGAGAUCAAGAUCACGCAACCAGCCCUCGACGAUGUUGAAGACGACUUUUUCCCCAACGAAGAGGAUCGCGACGAAGAUCAUCUGGACUCUCAUGAACUAGGCCACGUCUACGCAUCGUCUGGUAUCCGCCGCAUGGAACGUGAUGGCAACAAGCACGAAAUCGACUGGGCUCUGCUGAAGCUCAACGAGAACCGUCUACAACCAUACAACCUCGUCCAAGGAGGACGACGAUUCUGCUUCAAGCCAAUGGGAUUGGAUCAGCACAUGAUUUCGGCGAAGCUCGAGGCCCCCAUCAACCGGCGCCACUACGCCCCAGAGGAAGACGAAUAUCCCAACGGCAUCGCCAGCCAGGAGUCUCUCGGCGGCAUGAAUGUGCACUGUUUCGGGCGCACAACCGGGCUGCAGGGCGGUAUGAUCGGCCACGCUAUGAGUGCAGUGCGCAUCUACAAGCGCAAGACCUUCUCCAAGAGCUGGCAGGUUUUCGGCGGAUUCGGCAUGGGCGGCGACUCCGGCGCUUGGGUUGUUCAGAACGGCACUCAUGCCGUUGUCGGCCAUGUGCUAGCUUGGUGCGCGCGCAAUCACAUCGCAUACAUCUGCCCCAUGGAAGUCCUGCUCGAAGACAUCAAGCGCACACUCGGCGCCAAACGCAUCUACCUGCCUGGUUCUGCGGAGCAACUAUCGCACGUCAGCAAGCAUAGCAAACACGGUAUCAAGGCGCGAGGCGAGCAGGACGUGCAGGACUUGGAGAUGCGGGUCCAGGGCUUGGGCUUGGGGAUUGACUCGGCUGUUGAUUUGAGAUCGGCACAGGGCGUUAGAGCAGGGUUCGGAAGGAGGAGUCGAAUGGAAAUUCCGCCGCUGAUUACGAGUGGCGAGUCGGAGAGGGAUGGGCGCCGUAUGAUGCGGGUUCCGUUGAUCAAGACGCCUGAGGCGAAGGUCGGGGUGGCUGCUGUACCGUGAGGUGAGGGUGUGUUUGGGAUGUUGGUAUAUACCCCGGUUUUGGACGGAUGGGCAUAGUAGGUAUUGGGUGUCAUGGGAUGGGUUUGGGUAGAGUUACUCCCCUCAAUCUCAUGUUUUUUUCUUUCAAUGCCUAUUGGGACAUGAUUACCGUGUCUCGAUAUUUCACACGCGAUUCGCAGUGAAUGCCCGAAAGCAAAGUUUUGUUUUCAGCGAUGGGUGACUUGGAAGCAUGUCGUGUCUUUAACAUCACCAUGUACGUGUCAUGUCCUGAAAUGCACACCGCAUCAUGUUCCGCAGACUAUAUUCACGCCUACAUGCCCAACGCAAACCAAGCAGCAAACUUAAAUCG